AUGGACUCAUUCAUCCUGACCUCUGUCGUCAUGAGGCUCAUGCUGCACAUCGUGCUCGUCCUCUUGUCGUGGAACAAAGUGAAACCAGCUGUAUGUGUGCAGGCUGUGGAGAACCCGUCCUGCGCUGAGAUCAGAGACGUUCUGACGGCUGCAGGGAUGAACGUCUACGUGGAGAACAAGAUGCACCCCAGAGAGUGGAACCGGGACGUCCAGUUCAGAGGUCGGGUCCGGGUGCAGAUGAAGCAGGCCGACGGCAGCUUCUGUCAGGAGAAGUUCGCCUCCCGUAAAGACGUGAUGUUCUACGUGGCAGAGAUGAUCCCAAAGCUAAAGACUCGGACUCAGAAGAGCGGCGGCGGCGACACGAGCUCUCAGCAGGGCGAAGGAGGCAAGAAGAGCAAGAAGAAGAAGAAAUGAACCCAGAGAAAGGACCCGAUUCUUCUUAUUUCUUUUUUAAAUGUAAGCUUGUGGAUUGUUUAAGAUCAAGUGACGGAACGAAGUCGGCUCUGGACUGAAGCGUUUUUUUGUUUUUCGGGUUUAUCGUCGGUGUAAAGUUCAGCUCAGUCUGCUCCCAGAAUGAAGCGUUUCACUUCAGUUCUUUAUGUUUGGAGCGUUUCUUAUGAAUCCGCUGAGUUGUGGGAUGUGAGAGAAGAAGGAGGUGUUUCUGUUUGACGUCUUCCUUCUGUUCACGUCACUUUGUGUCUCCAAAGACCAAUAAAAGGUUUGUUUUCUCACAGAC